UCAGUGCCAAGAAGAGGUAUGUGCUUUCUCUGUCUUAUCAAACUGGUCAACAGCAAUUUUUCAUCAGGGAUGCUAUCCAUUAACCUAUUUUGACUGUGACUGAUCCAAUGUCUUUUUUUGUUGUCUUGCACAUCAUGUGUUUCAGUUUGGGGGGUUUUCAUAUUGUUUUUAAGUUUGAUGCUUGCACAAUACAGAUUUUACCAUGCGUUCGGGAAAACAUUCAACCUGUUGCUGAACAAAACCCUUAAUUCAUAAACCUGAGUCAAUGUCUUACUUUUAUUAUUAUUAUUAUUAUUAAACCUCAUAUGCAGAAACAAGGACAAAGAUGGAAUCAGCCGAAGGAAGUUCAACUAGAAUCUUCUUACUGCAUCUCUGAAUAGACAAUUGAGUGAAGAUUUGUUGAGCAAUGUAAUUGAACCAUCGGAUUGCUGCAGAUUGACACAAGAAGGCUGUUGUGUCUGGCAGUGAAGUGCAUUUGUGCAUUCUCAUUGAAACUGAAACAUUUAUUUUUGUGAAUGCUAACACUUUUUCUUCUUUCUACACCCCAAUCUUGCUGCUGUAGACUAAAUUUCCCCAGUGUGGGACUUCUAUGCAGCUGCACUUCAACUUACAGGCACGACCAAAGCACAUACUCUAGCACAGGGGUGACCAUUAUGUCGAUCCUGAUCGACCGGUAGAUAUACGACAGGUCCCAGGUGUAUCCGAGGGGUGUAGAGGAGAUGGAAAAAAAAAAACAACCAUUUGUGUGUCUUUGUACAUGUUCGUAAUAUAUUUUUGGUGUUAAUGUACGCUGCACCCUAAUCAUCUAUCAGUCUCAUUUUCACGAAUAAAUAUUUAAAAAAUAAAAUAAAGCAGGUAAAUCAUUAACCUACGGUGGCACGUGCUCUACGAGUCUACGUCAUCGGAAGUUGUUCGCGCUCAGGAGUCUGCAAUUGCGGCUUGUGAUCAGAGCUGUUGCGCUACAUCUUUUAUGGUCAUUAUUCUCAUUCAGAGUUUGCUUCGUGUACAAUUCACCGAGGGCACGGGCAAAGAAGAGGAAUCUAGAGGGCCCAGGGAAGCACUUUAAAACGAUUGGUCCAAAUGGAGGCUAUGCAAUUGAAUACGCCGAACGACAGGACCAAAGCAGAGGCUGCGCCCAAAGGCCGGCAGAGAGAGCAGUGGUCCAGGAAAGCGGAAUUCAUCUUUGCUACAGCAGGAGGUGUCAUUGGCCUGGGAAAUAUCUGGAGAUUCCCAUACCUUUGUUAUAAAAAUGGCGGAGGAGUCUUCUUCAUACCCUAUUUGUUGUUCCUCUGCACCUUCGGUGUGCCAUUCUUCUUCCUGGAGACAUCGUUGGGCCAGUACACCAGGCAGGGAGGAAUAAGAUGUUGGAGAUCAAUCUGUCCUCUUUUUGAAGGCAUAGGAUAUGGAGGCCAUCUGGUUCUUUUCUACCUGGCGGUGUAUUAUGUCAUCAUAUUGGCUUGGGCCUUCCGCUACUUGUUCGCGUCCUUCUCAUCUGAGCUGCCCUGGGCCAACUGUCUCAACAGUUGGAACACAGACACAUGUUUUGAAUACAGAGCCAAUCAAACACUUCAAGAGUUUGAAAAUGGCACAUCUUCGGUUGUGGAGUAUUGGGAGAGGAGAAUUUUGGGACUAUCAAGUGGAAUUGAACAUGUGGGAAACAUUCGAUGGGAGUUGGCCCUCUGUCUUCUUCUUGCCUGGAUAUUGUGUGUCCUCUUUAUUUGGAAUGGAGUGAAGACCACUGGGAAGGUGGCCUACUUCACCGCCACAUUCCCAUAUGUCAUGCUGCUGGUGUUGCUUGUUCGUGGACUGACAUUGCCCGGUGCCAAAGAAGGAAUCAAGUUCUACCUCUACCCAGAUGUAUCCCGGCUCAGCGAUCCAAUGGUUUGGAUGGAUGCCGGCAGUCAGAUCCUGUUCUCCUAUGGCAUCACGAUUGGAAUUCUGACAACUUUAAGUAGUUACAACAAGUCCACCAAUAACUGUUACAGGGACUGUAUUUAUUUGUGCCUGCUGAAUGGGUUGACCAGCCUUGUGGCCGGCUUUGCUGUUUUUUCUGUCCUUGGCUUUAUGGCCAAGGAACACGGCGUGGACAUAUCCAUGGUGGCUGAAUCCGGUCCGGGUCUGGCGUUCAUCGCUUACCCUGGUGCUGUGGCUUUGAUGCCUUUUCCUCAACUUUGGGCCACUUGCUUUUUUUUAAUGAUCAUCUUUUUAGGAAUCGAUACUGCGUUUCUAACUUUAGAGGGACUGAUCACAAACAUAGUUGACACAUUCCCUUCAAUCUUUGGAAAUAAACGUCGACGUAAACUCCUCCUUCUUGCUAUCAGUGUUGCAAGCUUCUUUGGUGGUCUUCUCAUGGUUACAGAGGGAGGCCUGUAUGUUUUCCAGCUGUUUGACCAUUACUCCUGCAAUGGGAUGACUCUUCUCUUUCUUGCCAUUCUCGAGUCGGUCUGCAUCGGAUGGUUUUAUGGGGCAGAUCGUCUGUAUGAUAACAUAAAGGACAUGAUUGGCUAUCGUCCAUGGCCUUUGAUGAAAUAUUGCUGGAAGUAUUUGGCACCGGUUAUUUGCACUUGCACUUUGGUAUUUGCUAUGGUGAGAUACACACCGCUUAAGUUCAACAACACUUACGAAUACCCGUGGUGGGGCUCCGCCAUUGGGGGAUUCCUCUCUCUGUCGACACCCGUCACGGUGCUGUUGAGGAUGCUCUAUGCUGUCAGCGUCACUCCUGGAACUCUGAGACAGAGACUGAAAAUUCUGUGCACACCAGCAAAAGAACUGUGUCCUGCAUCGAGGGACACAUUAAAUCAAGAAGAGAACUUUCAGACGUUUUUGCACGCCGGAUGAAAGGAAAUCAUCUCAUCAUGGACAAAGCCAGAGCUCAAAGAGGAUGUCAAGCUUCAGUGUUAUUAGGACCCUUUGCUAAUCAACAUGGAGCUCCAAUUUCAAUUUGACUACUUUUCCAAUCGGAAAUUCUCAUCCAUUUUCAAUAUAGUACUGCUUAUCUUUACUAGGUCAGGACGGUAAUUUAUGCAUGUGUGCCUGGAAAAAAAUAUUGAUUAUUAUUGCACAUAAUGCAGAAUGUGUGUGAAGUUGUAUACAGUAUAUGCUACAGAAUGUAGAAUGUCUACUCUUUGUAGUCCCUAUGUAUUAUGCAAGUUUUUUUGGGGGGGGGGGCUUUUUGGAAAUGUACAGUUCUUCAUUACUGUACAAGUCUGUGAAAUAACCAUUUUGGAAAGCAAAUAGAUGUAUUCCAAAAAGUUCUGCCUCCUUAGGCAUACAAUACUCUGUCCUAAUUAUGUUGACAUAAUGCUGAAUAGGAGAAUUGCCAAUGUCAAAGAAAAAAAGGCACAGACGGCCUUGCUUAAAAAAAUACUUCUUUUUAAAAAAUGUUGAAUGGAGGCAACUGGCAUAUUUGGGCUUGUAGAAUGUGUUCUUUUCUCUUGUUUGCCAAUGAAUGUAUCAUCAACAUUCUAAAUAUAAGAAAUUUAGAAUUUCUUGUUUAUCCUUCC